AUGGUCAUAAGUCGACUACUUCUAGGAAAGGUAAUUAGAACACCCGUGGUUUUUUACGUUCCGAACCGUACACUUAGAAUCUCCCAAAUGUCUGCCCAGGAGAAAGCGCAAGCCGCCCCUGCUGGAGCCCCACCAGCAGAGGCGCCCAAGAAGGAAAAAACCGCCAAAGAAAUAGAAAAGGAAAAGAAAAAGGCCGAGAAGAUGGCCAAGUUCUUGGCCAAGAAGCAGAAGCAGGAGGAAGAGGCCAAGAACAAGAAGCCUUCCGAAAAGAAGCCCAAGAAGGAAAAGAAGGCUGCCGAGCCCGUUCCAGAAUGGACAGACUCCACAAAGCCAGGCGAAAAGAAGGUGUUGGCGUCUUUAGAGGACCCAGCAUUCAAAGCGUACAACCCGAAGAACGUGGAGAGCUCGUGGUACGCGUGGUGGGACAAGCAAGGCUUCUUCCAGCCGCAGUUUGACGAGUCCGGAAACGUCAAGAAGGAAGGUGUAUUCUCCAUUCCAGCGCCUCCUCCUAACGUCACUGGUGCUUUGCACAUUGGACACGCCUUGACCAUCGCCAUCCAGGACACGAUGAUUCGUCACAACAGAAUGAGAGGCAAGACCACGUUGUUUUUGCCUGGUUUUGACCAUGCCGGUAUCUCGACGCAGUCUGUGGUGGAAAAGCAGGUGUGGAAGACCGAAAAGAAAACCAGACACGACUACGGCCGUGAAAAGUUCGUGGAGAAAGUCUGGGAGUGGAAGGAAGAGUACCACGCCCGUAUCAAGAGCCAGGUGAAAAGAUUGGGUGCUUCGUACGACUGGACCAGAGAAGCCUUCACCUUGAACCCAGACUUGUCUGCCGCUGUGACUGAGGCGUUUGUCCGUUUGCACGAGGACGGAACCAUCUACAGAGCGCUGAGAUUGGUCAACUGGUCUACCAAGUUGAACACGGCCAUUUCCAACUUGGAAGUGGACAACAAGAACAUUUCCGGCAGAACCUUGUUGGCUGUGCCCGACUACGACGAGAAAAUCGAGUUCGGUUUGUUGACCUCGUACUCCUACCAGGUUGUGGACUCGGAUGAAAAAAUCACCGUUGCCACCACUAGACCAGAGACCUUGUUUGGUGACACCGGUGUGGCUGUUCACCCAGAAGAUCCACGCUACAAGCAUUUGCACGGAAAGUAUGUGCAGCAUCCAUUUUUGGACCGCAAGAUUCCUAUUGUCUGUGAUUCCGAAGCCGUCGACAUGGAAUUCGGUACUGGUGCGGUGAAAAUCACCCCAGCUCACGACCAGAACGAUUACAACACCGGUAAAAGACACAACUUGGAGUUCAUCAACAUCUUCACCGACAACGGUCUCUUGAACGAGAACUGUGGCCCCGAAUGGCAGGGCAUCAAGAGAUUUGAUGCUAGAGCUAUGGUCAUUGAGAAGUUGAAGGAAAAGGGCUUGUAUGUUGGCCAAAAGGACAACGAAAUGACCAUCCCACUCUGCUCGAGAUCCGGCGAUGUCAUUGAGCCCUUGUUGAAGCCUCAAUGGUGGGUCAGACAAGAUGAAAUGGCCAAGGAAGCGAUCAAGGCUGUCAAGUCUGGCGAUAUCACCAUCACGCCAAAGACCUCUGAGAGAGAGUACUUCCACUGGAUGGAGAACAUCCAGGACUGGUGUAUUUCCAGACAGUUGUGGUGGGGCCACAGAUGUCCUGUCUACUAUGUGGAGAUUGAAGGCAAGGAAGGUGACCGUUUAGACAACAACUACUGGGUUGCCGGAAGAACCUACGAAGAGGCGUUGGAGAAGGCACAAAAGAGAUUCCCCGACACAAAGUUCACUUUGGAACAGGACGAGGAUGUGUUGGACACAUGGUUCUCUUCUGGAUUGUGGCCUAUUUCCACUUUGGGCUGGCCUAACCAGACCAAGGACUUGGAGCGCUUCUCGCCCAUGUCCAUGUUGGAGACCGGAUGGGACAUUUUGUUCUUCUGGGUGUCCAGAAUGAUCUUGUUGUCGUUGAAGUUGACCGGUAAGUCUCCGUUCAAGGAAGUCUUCUGCCACUCGUUGGUGCGUGACGCCCAGGGCAGAAAAAUGUCCAAGUCCUUGGGUAACGUCGUGGAUCCUUUGGAUGUCAUUACUGGUAUUUCUUUGGAGAGUUUGCACGAGAAGUUGAAGCACGGAAACUUGGACGCCAAGGAGAUUGAAAAGGCCUCCGCGGGCCAGAAACAAUCUUACCCUAGCGGAAUCCCCGAAUGUGGUACCGAUGCCUUGAGAUUUGCCUUGUGUGCUUACACCACGGGUGGAAGAGACAUCAACUUGGACAUUUUGCGUGUGGAAGGUUACAGAAAGUUCUGUAACAAGAUUUACCAGGCCACCAAGUUCGUUUUGGGCCGUUUGGGCGCUGACUACCAACCUCCAGCAUCCGCUGCAUUGUCGGGCCAAGAAUCUUUGGUUGAGAAGUGGAUUUUGCACCAGUUGACCAUUGCUGCCAGAGAUGUGAAUGUUCACUUGGACAAGCGUGAAUUCUCUGAGGCUACGUCUGCCAUCUACAACUUCUGGUAUGAUUUGUGUGACGUCUACAUUGAAAACUCCAAGUCUUUGAUCCAGGACGGCACCCCAGAACAACAGAAGUCGGCCAAGGACACCUUGUACACCUGUAUCGACAGCGCCUUGAAGUUGAUUCACCCAUUCAUGCCUUUUGUCACGGAAGAAAUGUGGCAGCGUUUGCCACGUCGUGCUGGCGACAAGGCAGAGUCGAUUGUUGUGGCCACCUACCCAGACUACGAGUCUUCCUUCGAUGAUGUUGCUUCCUUGGAGGCUUACAAGUUGGUGUUGGAGAUCACCAAAGGUGCUAGAUCGUUGUUGUCGCAGUACAACAUCUUGAAGAACGGCCAAGUGUACAUUGAAACGACCGACGACAAUGUCAGAAGCAUUGUCAAGGACCAGCAAGACUCUAUUGUGGCGUUGAUCAAGGGUGUGGAGAAGAUUGACGUUUUGGGAGCUGGCGAAGCGGUUCCUAGCGGAUGUGCAUUGAACGGUGUGAGCGCCACAACAAACGUGCAUGUUUUGGUCAAGGGCCAGAUCGACUUGGACGCGGAAAUCGGCAAGGUGUCGAAGAAAUUGUCCAACGUCAAGGACUUGCAGUCCAAGUUGAACGACUCCAUCAGCAAGUUCACCGACAAGACCAAGCCGGAGGCCAAAGAAGCUGCUUUCAAGAGAGCCGAGAACUUCAAGGCCGAGAUCGAAGGUUACGAGCAGACCAUUGCCAUUUUGGAAAAGUUGAAGCUCUAA